AUGUCACCCCCAAGUAACGCGCCGCCGCUGAGUAUGGCCAGCGAGGAGGAUAGUUGCCGGCCGGGCCGGGCGCCGGGCCGCGGGCCGCUGCCCUUCCCCGCAGAAGCCGCGGCUCCCGCCCUGGGCUCGGAGAGCGGUGCUCCUCCAGCCGCCCCUGCCGCCACGCUGGCCCAGCCGGUGUCAGCUGGGGACCCUGGCUUCAGGCUGCUGCCCAAGGAAAACGCUUUUCGAGCCUUGCCCCAAGAGCCUCUGUUCAAAAGGCCAUGCACCAGCCGGGACGCCCUGCCCGUGGGGGCAGGCCAUCUCCUCUGCCUGCCCUUCCCCAAGAAGCUGUGGAAAAUCGUCAACAGCGACCAGUUUGCAUCCAUUUGGUGGGACAACAAUGGCACUUGUAUGGGCAUCACCGAGAAGCUGUCUCAGAAGGAGAUCUUGGAGAGGGAUGGCCCCAACGAAGUGUCUGAAACGGGCUGUAUGAAGAGUUUCGUCCGCCAGCUCAGCCUCUAUGGAUUCGGCAAACUGCGCCAAGACGUUCACACAUCCGUGAGCCUUACCCACUUUCUCACCGGAGGGGCACCCGUCCACGUCCUGAGCAAGUUACAGUUCUACAGGAGCCCCUUCUUUCAGAGAGACUGCCCGCACCUGCUGGUGAGGAUGAAGAGGAGAGUGGGCGUUAAAUCCGCGUCAAGGCAGACGGAGAGCGAGCCUGAAGCCCUGGCGUCCCCCCGGCAGCACCUAGAGCCAAUGCACCCUUGCGGGCUGCUGCUGGGCCUGGCCGCCGGGCCCCCCGUGCUGCUCCCCGAGCCCACCACGCAGCUCCCCGGGGCUGGGCUGCUGCCCGUGUGCCACCCCUGGGCGCCCAGCGUGGCUGCUGCACCCGCCGCCCCCGGGACUGUGAUUCCUCAUCCCCCAAACCCCUUCCACUGCUGUCCGGACUGCCGCUGUUCCCCCGAAUACCUGCCACCUACCGACGGGUCCCCCGAGUACCCCCACUGCGCACACUACAGCAGCUAG